AUGCAGUUUUUGUUAUUAUAUUGCUUACUGUUAGUUUCCACAGCUACUGGAGACAAGUGUAAUCGAAAAUUGUAUGAAGCAAAAGAAGCAAAAACUAAAGGCAGCGGUGGUUUUGUAAUUGAAAUAUCCAGUGCUACAAAUACUUCUGAUUUAAAUCCAGAUGGUUAUACACCUGGCGAAAGUUACAUUGUAAAACUUCGAGGAUGGAGAACGAAAUUCACAGUACAAGCAUUUCGUGGAUUUGGAAUAUAUGCACAAUUUGAAAAUGGUGAAUAUGCUGGAAAAUUUGAUCUCCAAGGACGAAAAGGAGAAGCACGUAUUGCACCAAAUUGUCGUAAAGCUGGUGUAUCACACUCGAAUUUGAGACCAAAAACAUCUGUACACGUAUUGUGGCAUGCACCUGACACAUCAGAAAAAGGAUGCGUUUAUUUUCGAGCUUCUGUAAUCACUUCUCGAAAAGUUUGGUAUGGUGAUGAUGGGCCACUGACAAAGAAGUUUUGUAUUAAAGGCUGGUUCCACUUUCUUACAAGUAAAACAAUUGCAUUUUCAAGUUUAGAGGGAUAUAAAAAAGCACUGAUAGCUGACGAGAACAGUAUGGAAUGUUGUGCAUGCGAUGAGGCAAAGUACGAUUUGGAAUUUGUCGGCCUUUGGUCGAGAGAUACACAUCCAAAGGAUUAUCCUUCUUUAGAACAUUUGACGCAUUUUACGGAUAUGCUUGGGGCUAGCCACAGUGGUAAUUAUACAAUGUGGAAGUUUGGCACAAUUGCAACAGAUGGUAUGAAAGAAAUUGCUGAAUGGGGUAAUACUUUCAAAGGUGAACAAGAAAUGAGAGCAAACGCUAAAGAGAUCCGUACUUUGAUGAAAAUCAAAGGUUUGUGGUACCCAGAAGUACAGGGAAGGACAACUAGUUCAUUUAUAGUAAAUAAGUAUCAUCAUUUUGCUUCAUUAGCAGCUAUGUUUGGACCUUCACCAGACUGGUGCGUUGGAAUAUCAUCUGUCAAUUUGUGCUUGCCUGACUGUACGUGGGUGACACAGCGAACUUUUGAGUUACUACCUUUUGAUGCUGGUACUGAUAAUGGACCAACCUAUAUGUCGCCAAACAAUCCAGCUGAGCCACGCAUUCCAAUUCAUCCAAUAACAACGAAAUUGGAUGUAAGAUCGCCCUUUUAUAAUGCAGAUAGUGAUGUUAUUGCACCGUUAGCUCGACUGAAGCUAACUAGAAAAGCAGUGACAAAAUCAGAAUGUAAAACAAUAGAAGAAUAUCAGAACACGGCAUACAAUGCUACGAAUACCAGUGAAGAUGAAGAAUAUAAAGAUCGAAGGGAAUGUAUGGUUACAAAUUGGGAGCCAUGGUCAUUAUGUUCUGCAACUUGUGGAAAAGGUAUUCGUAUGCGUUCACGUGUUUACGUUUUUCCAAUAAAGGCACAGAUGUUCAGAUGUCAUCGCCAAACCAUUGAAAGACAAUUUUGCAAUGCAAAAAUAAGCGAAUGUCAAGAUUCUGAUGCUUUCAACUCGAAAUGUUCAGUUAGUAGUUGGUCAUCAUGGACGGAGUGCAGUGUAACAUGUGGUAAAGGGUUGAGAUCAAGAUCAAGAACUUUCAAAGAGCAUAGUUCUAGUUUCGAUACAUGUCCAAAUAUUGAAUUAACUCAAAAAAAUGCAUGCACUGGCGAAAAUGGAGAUGAUUGCUCGAUAAAACCAGAUCCGCUUUGUCAAGCUACAUCGUGGAGUGACUGGUCACCUUGCAGUGCCUCAUGUGAUGAGGGAGUGCACGUACGUACACGUUUGCUUUUCUAUGCUGAAUACGAAGAACGUUGCUCUAAAGUCAAUUUAUUAGAAAAAGAAAAGUGCCAAUUACAGACAUGCCGGCGGUUGCUCAGUGCUCACUCCGAAGAAAUAUGCAUGGAAGAUAAGCAAGAAGGACAGUGCGCUGGAACUUUCCCUCGUUAUUGGUAUAAUUCAAAGUUAAAGCAGUGCGAAAGAUUUAUCUAUACGGGUUGCAAAGGUAAUCGAAAUCAAUUUGAAACUGAAGAUGAAUGCAAACGAAUGUGUCUGGAGGGUUACGAGAGUCCUAUAGGAGAAGUUGUGCCGGGUCAUCAGUUAAUUAAUGAAUUUGGUGUUGAUCAAGUAAGGGAUGGUGGACCACCAGUGGAUUGUGUGAUAUCCGAGUGGACACCGUGGGGAAAUUGUUCAGCUUCUUGUGGUUCAGGCAAACGUCAACGAUCGCGACAGAUAGAAGCAAGAAUUUUUUGUUAUAUGCAAUUAAUAGAUGCAGAGAAAAUUAUUUAUAUAGUUAUAUUUCCAAGAAAUGGUGGUCGUUCAUGUCCUGAACACAUGGUACAGGAACGACGCUGUGAAUUGAGACCUUGUGCUAUCCGGAACUGUCAUAUCAAACCAUGGUCAACUUGGUCGCCAUGUUCUGUAACUUGCGGAGAGGGUAAACAAAUUCGACGAAGGCGGAUUAUCAGACCUCAUCGAUUUAUUGAUGAAGAUGAAGAUUCCCCGUGUAAUGCUUCAGAAAAAGAAUCUCGAACUUGCUAUGUGCGAUGCUGA